GGGCUUCCCAUUGGCGGGGCCUGAAGCGUCACGUGACUCGGAGACGCGUUCUGCGAGUGCGAAGUUCACGCCGCUACAAAGAUGGCGGCCUCCAUCGGCGCGGUUGCCUGUAGGGCUCUGCACAGCCGCCGCCACAGGCAGUUGCUGUCUGUAGGUCGGGGGCUCUUCAGUGGGGCGCGGUGCCUUGUCGCGGAGGGGGAGACGCACUUCGGGUUCCAGGAUGUGUCGGAGACGGAGAAAGGGGAGAAAGUUUACCAUGUAUUUGAAAGUGUGGCUAAGAAGUAUGAUAUAAUGAAUGAUUCAAUGAGUCUGGGGAUUCAUCGGCUCUGGAAGGAUAUCCUGCUGCAUCAAAUGAACCCUUACCCAGGAACUCAGCUGCUAGAUGUUGCUGGAGGGACAGGUGACAUCGCCUUUCGGUUUAUCAAUUAUGUUCAUUCCCAGUGGGAGCACCAGAUCAAACAGAAACUGAAAUCCCAUCAGAAUUUAUCAUGGGAGGAAAUCUCUAAGAGUUACCAGGAAGAGGAACUUAAAUUGCCAGGAGGUUCCCAAGUGGUGGUCUGUGACAUUAAUAAGGAAAUGCUAAAGGUUGGAAAGCAGAAAGCACAACAUCUUGGCUACUCUGAAGGCUUGUCCUGGGUGGUUGGGAAUGCUGAAGAGCUGCCCUUCAAUGACAACAAGUUUGAUGUUUACACAAUUGCCUUUGGAAUACGGAAUGUAACUCAUAUUGACCAGGCACUACAGGAGGCGUAUCGUGUGCUGAAACCAGGAGGGAGAUUUCUGUGUCUGGAAUUUAGUCAAGUCAACAACCCCCUUAUUUCCAGGCUCUAUGACUUGUACAGUUUCCAGGUUAUCCCUGUUCUGGGUGAGAUUAUUGCUGGAGAUUGGAAAUCCUACCAGUACCUUGUGGAAAGCAUCCGACGCUUUCCAGCCCAGGAUGAAUUCAAGGCAAUGGUUGAAGAUGCAGGUUUUCUGAAGGUGGAAUAUCGAAAUCUAACAUCGGGCAUUGUAGCCAUUCACUCAGGUUUCAAACUAUGACCCUCCUACUUUGCAAAGCUCUUAAGGAUAAAGGGUAUUUCCCCUGAGGAAGCUAAAACCUAUGCAACUCCAAAAACUUCACUGCCAAGAUAGACUAUGCGGAGGGGAAGACUUGGUCCCUCUGCAGAAUCUAAAGCUUCAGAUUUUGGGUUUCUGAAAAGUUGAAAUUAUGCUCUUACAACUAGGUCAGGAUCUGGAAUCCCUCUGCCAAUUAAGUAUUUAUGUAAUAUGGGUCAAGUGAUUCCUUGAUGCCUGGUAUGUGCUCACUCUCAGCUGAUACCACUUUCCCAAAACCUCACAGACAGUGACUUUUUUAUUGGACUUGUUUAGUACAUAUCUUCUAAAGUACAGUGUGAGGAUAUGGCAAAAAGUACACUUGACUUACCUAAGCUUGACAGCAUAUACUCCAUACACCAGUAAUAAACUGGUUGAAGGUAGACAUGGACCAACUAGCCUUCAAACAAGAUAUCGCCCUAUAUUGUAUUCAAGUAAUGACUCUAGUUCAAGGUGGGUAACACCUAAAAUUACAAAUGUGUGUGACACGUAGGGUUUUUGUGUAUUUAUUUUAAAGAUCUUAUUAAAUUUUAUAUAUCAGUC